AUCAAAUUUCCUCUCAGUUACUAUAAACUGAACCACACAAUAUACGACCUUCCAAUUAAUCAUUAUGUGCUUAUGAUGUUCUCGAAUGACUCUAUGUCACUUGAUUCCACCGAAAAUCUCAUAAUAAUCUCAUAAAACCCACAUGAGAUGAAUCCUAUUCUACCGCUUCUUCGAGGAGCGUCACUCAGGAGACCCCUGAAGCUCUCAUCACAACGAAUAUCACGCGCCUUCAUUUCCACAAACCCGACGUCUAUCGCCGGAUUCCUCGAUUUUAAGCCUCAUGAGGCUGUCUCAGAUGUAAAGAUCGACGGUUUCGUUCGAUCUGUCCGUGCACAGAAACGACAUUCUUUUGUGUCCCUUGGCGAUGGUUCCUGCGUUGAAUCACUCCAAGCUGUAGUACCUGCUGAUCAAGCAGAGGAUCUAAAUAUCGGGGCAGCUGUCCGACUACAUGGGUCUUGGAUUCCAUCCCAGGGUCGUGGUCAAAGCCAUGAGCUACAGGUUGAAAGAGCUACGGUUUUAGGACCAUCUGAUUCUAAGACAUUUCCUAUACAGAAAAAAUAUCAGACCCCAGAGUAUCUAAGGACUUUACCCCAUCUUCGCCCAAGGAUACCAUUCAACUCAGCUGUCCUACGAUUUCGUUCCGAGAUAAUCGCAUCUUUAACUAAAUUCUUUAGUAAUCGCCAAUAUAUACAGACUCAUACGCCAAUUCUCACCUCAUCAGAUUGCGAGGGUGCUGGUGAAGUUUUCCACGUGUCGGCUGGCGAUCAUUCAUCAUCCCCUUCCAAAUCUGAGACACCCAAAUCUUUCUUCCGUCGCCCUGUAUAUACGACUGUGUCAGGCCAGUUGCAUCUAGAAGCUCUAUCCCAGGCCCUCGGCAACGUCUGGACAUUGUCUCCAACCUUUCGUGCGGAGCAGAGUGAUACCCCGCGUCAUCUUAGCGAAUUCUACAUGCUGGAGGCAGAAAUGAGCUUUACCGAUGGUUUAGAUUCCGUUAUGGACCUCGUGGAAGAUAUGUUAAGACAUAUCUGCACGGACUUGGCCGAUUCGAGGAUUAAGGAUGAGCUCUUGACACGAACGGGCGAACGCACCUCAGAUUUGGCUGUUGCUGAACAGGUAUCCCAACGUUGGGAGGGUUUCAUGCGAAAAGACUGGCCGCGGAUUACCUACACAGAGGCUAUCGAGUUAUUGAAACUUGCUGAUACCUCGUUUGUUCAUAGUCCUGUAUGGGGUGAGGAUCUUCGUACGGAACAUGAAAAAUACAUUGCAAUGAAGGUGGGCAAUGGACAUAGCCCCGUAUUCGUCACAAACUACCCGCGAGGUAUUAAAGCUUUCUACAUGAAAGCUAAUACGGAUGACUGCGAUAAAUCCCUACCUGGUAGGACGGUUGCAUGCUUCGACCUAGUCGUGCCGGAUUUCUGCGAAAUUGCCGGCGGGUCAAUGCGUGAGCAUCGACUAGAAAACCUAUUAGAAUCCAUGCAUACACACGGGAUAGCCCCAAGCACAUCCCCAAAUAACACCACCGAGCGGUCGCAACCCCCUGAGAAUAACCUUAACUGGUACGUUGAUCUACGGCGCUGGGGUUGUCCUCCCCACGGAGGGUUUGGUUUAGGCUUCGAUCGACUGAUAUGCUAUCUCUCCGGAGUCCAAACAAUACACGACACUUCCGCGUUCCCCCGCUGGUACGGCCGAUGUGAUUGCUGAAUACAGUAUGAAAGCGGACAUGCCGUGCUCGUUAAUGCUUACUUCUCUGGGACGUGGGGAGUGUCUUGUGAUACCCUCGCACAACGUGAUAUUGAUUCAGACUGAACUACCAAAUAAGCUUUGUGGCGUCUGUUGUGCAUUGGUUUGAAGUUCACGAGGACAGAAUCAAAGUCUGAGGCUAGUUUUGACAGGUCCUAAACACGACAUAUUGCUCUUGUGUUGCUUCAUCCACGCUUCACGUGUGUCAGAGCAAAGCUAAGGCAUCUUCUACAGGAUGCUGCCCAGCGACCUACGA